AUGGGUUCUGCUGCCAACACAAUCCAGAGCAUCCGUUUCCCGCCCUACCACCCCCAAUCUAACGAUCAAGAGGAGCGUUUCGCCGACAUAUCCAAGGUAGCCUUCCUGAAAGUUUAUGGAGUACGGACUACGGAUGAAAUAGAAUAGGUUUAUUGUAUCGCCGCUUGGGCACUGUCAGUCCCCUUUGAACUCAGGAAAAAAAAUAAUCCAGGCGUUCUUGUUUUCUUCCAGGACCACUAGGAACUCGGGAUCCCCUGAAAACGUUUCUCCUACCGAAGCGCUAAUGGGUCAUAAAUUACGUGCAACGUUUCAUGCGCCCGUCCCUACCUAUGUGCAGUCCGUCUGGACACCUUCAACGACCACUCACAGCAAACUUCCUGUCGGAGCACUCGUCAUCGUUUGUGCUUAUCGAACUGGUUUUCAGGAGUGGACCAAGACGACCGUGACGGUUCACUGAGGAAAUACGUUGUUUGAUGUCCACGUUGAUGGCGACAUCUGGGUACGUCACCUUCUUCAUAUGAACCGCUUUCUUUACCCGUUGUUGCUUCUGUGUCUUUAGACCACAAAAUGUUCCCCAGACGCCGGACAAACCGUAUGUGCCAGACAACGAGGCCGGCACAUCUCAAUCUACAUCAGAAGCGGUACUAAUCUACUUGGAGUGGAAGUGUUGGAAAUUUCAACAUUCCAUAUAUGUCAGCCAAGCUCACCAAAAGUCACGUGCGCGCACCAUCUUACGUGUGGCGAACGUACUAUCGACAGCGUUUCGCCAUCGUUUGCAGCCCCAGCGGCUCCGUAAAACUUGAUUGAUCCACGUCUGUGAGAAGUUUCUUGGCCAUUCUAGAACUUCCUCCCUGAAUUGAUGCGGAUAGAAUAUUGGCCGGUCUGAAGUGGACGCCAUAAAUACACACGGUUUUUCAUUAAGGAGAGCUUGAAAGUUUUGAUACGUUUUUGAUGGUCAGUCAUGUGUUGCUUCCCUGCCGCGUUUGUGUUUGAGACAUCAGUUAUGCACACAUACGUUAGUGUUAUUUCUGCGUAAUAGGUCGGAUCAUAAUAGUAUCAAAGGCAAGUCAAAUAUUUCAACGGAUACAAGGCGCGGAGAAACAAACCGAGAAGUCUGGUUAUUAAAAUGCGCUGAGAAGUCUAAACGAAUUUGCUUCCAUCAGCAACGCAAAUUUUCAAAUUACUUUACAGCCAACUCAGAAGAAGUGCGAAGAAUUGGCACCAGUUCCCUCUUAUGAAGACUUCUGAGGACGUUCAAACUGUUAAAAAUAGAGUAAGGUUAAGUUUUUUCAACAGGCCUUCAAGUCCGUCUACACAACCAAGGAUAGUUUCCUGCUUCUCACCGCAGAGGAUCUGUCAACUCCAGACAUGAACAAUACCGUCUUUUCAAAAGACUUUAUCCGAAAAAAACUGGAAAUAUCGGACGAAUCCAAGUCUCUAGGAAAGACGAGAUUGAUCUAGUAUAUAUAAGGGAGACAGGCAGAGUCCUUUAAAGUCUGGUUUACCGAAAUAUGAUGAUAUAAACGUACAUAUAUUUUCAUAGCUGUACGGGCGCAUAAUUACGGUACUUGUCGAUUGAAUAGACGACCAUCAAGUAAAGUGUUCUCGACUCUUCUUUUUUAUAAUGUGAAUGCUCUUCUCCAGAACGACCGAAUUAGGUAGUUUAUCCUUUGCUUCAAUCACCCGAUGAGAGAAGUUGGCCUGUACUGCAACGAUAGUGUACCUUGCUUUCAGGUUGCAUCGGGGGACUUGGAAAUUUAUCAUUUAUGCUACUUCAGAAAAGUCGACCAAAUAAAUUGCAUAGCCUAUUACCUUUAUGAGCUUGAGGACCUCGAUUAUAUCCCUUCCGUACUGUCUACAAAAAUGGAAAACGUUUCGGCCCUACUAAUCGUCCCUCAUAAGGUAGGCACGCCAGUCCGCCGAUUAAUUUGAUCGCUCUUCGCUGUACAUUCUCCAAAAUAGCGUAGUCUUGUUUCAUGCAGGGGCAACACCACUAAGCACAGUAUUCUAAGGCCGGCCAGGUAAAUGCUGCGAACACUCGACCAGAAAGCCUUUUGCCAAAGUAAAGGAGGGAUAUUCGGAUCGUUCCCAGGAUACAUAUAGCCAGUUUUCUAUCCCGAUUCAGUGAGACGAAGGCUAGAGUGUGGGUGCAAUGCACACAUCUAGAUCCCUUAUCUCGUUUAGCAACCCGAGUUCGUGACCUUCGGUAAAUACCGCUUGGCGAAGUUGCCUGCUUGCCAGAUGUUUCAAUAAGACGCGGCUUUUUUCGUCGUCAGGUACUUCUUCUAAAUAGAAAUCAAGCAACUUUAACCAAUCCCCGAAGUCUUCUUCUCCAUCAAAAAUAUGAAAUGAGGAUGGGUUAGCGUGGUAGUAGGGUGCUGGUGUUCUUCUAGGGCUAGACGAGCUGUCGUGCGCGCUGCCACCAUUGUAAUAUCCGAGAUACCUGAAGGUUUAGUCUCGUCUGUAAUGAGGCCUUUGGAGAGCGGUUGGGGUUUUUCAUCUGUAGGGUCAUAGUAAACAUAUCCAUUACGGUUUUGUCUUGCACGGGAUGUUUGUAAGUCUGACCGCACGAAUUGCAACAGACAAUACCAGAAUUGAACUGUCGAUAACGCAACGUUUAUUAAAUCAAGGGUUGGGAACGGGUCGAAUCGUGGGUUGGGGGUCAAAUGAUAAAGGGGGAACGACAAUAGAGUAGGUUAAACCAGAAGAUAUGCCCGAGGUUCUUCCGCUCCUUCUUGUCCGGGUGUCGGUACGCGUGACUCCGCCUUCUGCGUGUCCGCUUGGUGAUCCGUAACCGUGGCUUCAAAGGAAGUGGAAUAUCGGUCAGGAGAACGUUAACUAAGGAAUCAAAACAAACCUAACUAAAAAUAUCUGUCCUUUACAAAUGAAACAGUGUUUUUCGGAUCCCCCCCUCCAGUUCGGAUAUUACAUACCGUCUAUUUGCACUUUUCGUGACACACAAAGAAACAGUGGUCACUUGCUGUUACUGCCGCCUACUUACGCAGCUUCUUUUUGUUCAGGUCUGUUGGCUGCGGAUUUAUAAACAUUCUCAUUCUCUUAUUUCUUCUACCAUGUUUUGUGAUAAGUUUCUUCGUCUUAGAGUUUUUCCUUGUCCCUUUUUUCUCCAUCAAAUACUUAUGUGCCGUCCACCUGUUUAAGACGAUUGAACUCGCCUGUGCUUUUUCUCCACUUAGCCUUUAUGCGAUGUCGUUUGUAUAUAAGGCCUUAGUAAAGGCAGGUGAUCGUGUCGUCCCGACCGCGUUCCGGCCUGUUUGGGAACACCCUGCUGGCCCCAAGACCGUUUUCUUCUGGGCUCCGACCUUUAAAUGGGUAAGCAACGUAUUGUUUACAAACUCCCUCAGGGUCUCGUAAUCGCCGGUUUGGCCGAUCUUACUCGUCCCGUCGAAAAGGUUAGCGUCUACCAGAGUACAGCGUUAGCUGCUACUGGAGUUAUUUGGUCGCGUUAUUCAAUGGUCAUUAUUCCUAAAAACUGGAAUUUAUUCAGCGUCAAUUUGUUUGUCGGGGCAACAGGGAUCUACCAGCUCUGUCGCAUUUUCAGGUUUGUUAGACACAUUAUCCGUUAUUUUUAGAUACCGAAUGCAGCAAAAGGUCACCCCUUAAUAUGCAUUUGAGGCGAAUACCGUCCCACGUUCACUGUUUCUGUGUGAUGGCAGAAGUUAGGCCUUGUAUUUGUAAUUUUAGUCUUCCUUUUUUUUCAAUAAUAUACAUCAAGUUUCGCCAGUCAGGCAUUUCUCAUUUCCUGCUUUAUAGGUUUCGCACACUCGACUGCAUUAGUUUUCUGCUGGCAGUGCGCAAGGGUAUCAUUUGUGGCUAGCAGUAUGCGCUUGACUCGCACCGUCAUGCAAAUGUCGCCUAUACGGUUUCUCAAGAGUAAACAUUCUGCCACUUAAUUGAAUUUAGGGUCGUGUCUCGCAUUUUUGAUCAAAAAUUAUCUGAUUAGGGCAAUUUCCUGCAGAUGUGCUAGCAAGAACUGGAAGCGACUGUACCCUGUUCCACUUCCUCAGGCUGUCUUAAAUAUUUCUUUCGAAAACUGUUCCUCAACCAAGUCUAGAUCACAUCCCAAGUUACUCGCGCAGAUGCUCAGCACCCACGUUUACAAUCACUCGAAUCAGACACAAUUUGAAGUAGGUGAACUGACGUAGAGCUGUUGUUACGCUAAUUCUCAGGGGAGGCAUCAACUCGCUGCGUAGAAAUCACGGUGAAAUAAGUUUCCUUGGUGCUGCCAUGUGAGUAUCUGCGGUUGAACUCAGCAUCUUUAGUCUGCAUCGUGAGGCGCAGAAAGAGUCGUUGUAUGUCAUGGUGGGGUUGUUCGGUCGAACCCUCGAACACCGUCGCGGCCACUAGCGGCUCGCUCUCGUCUCUAUCUCUGUAUCUGACUAUUCGUCGGUAUUCUUUGCGGUUGGUCAAGCUGCGUAGUCGCAUGCUGCCGAAACGACUUCGCAUGGUGUGGACCCUUUAUCGCAGAACAAGGAUCGGGGUCCGUGUAAACAGCGAGAAAAUUAACCUUUUUGGUGUCACCGGCGCCUAGGACUACUUUCUCCCAAGCUAAGUGGAAGUGUUCGAUGGGCUGAGUCCUUCAUCACUCACUGGCAGGCCGCUCUGACAUUGUGCAUCCGUGCAUUGCAAAUCUUAACCAUGCUAAGGGCGUUAAGGUGCAGAAGCACGACGUGCUGUGUCCAAGCGCAGAUGUACUAAGAAAUGGACUCCAGAGCAAGGAUAUCUGCCUCUGAUUCAGCUGCCUGAGAUGUCUGCCCGACCACUGUAGACGCCGAAGCUCGUCUGCAGCCUCUGUUGCUUGAGUCGAAUCUCCCGCCAAAGGGACAGGCUUGGAAUGAAGUCGGACACCAGAUCAGUCUGGCGCGCGGUCUCCGUCUAGUUUCAUUGAGACCGUUACAGUCGCCCGGAGAUUAACAUGAAAGCCAAGCCGUGAGUGCAGGGACCCACAUGAAGGAAAUUCUAUUGCAUGGGUAUGAGAUGCCACCCAUACGUGCACGGGACAUAUGCUAUCCGGAAGUAUUACAUUACUGGUGCUUGCGGAGCAUUAUUCGAAUUUCUCGCUCCAACCUCGUCUGCAACAAACCAAUGUACAGUGGAUCAGGAACGGCACAGGCCAACUUCACCUUUCUUACCCACCAGCUGAGGUGGUUAGACCAUGUGCCAUGUUGACCCGUAGGCGAGGCUGUCUUGGAUGCCACCCCAGCCGAACUCGGUCCUCGUUGACGAGGACGUCGAGGUUGCCGACUAAAGGCGUAGGUAGAUGAUGUGAAGGCUGACCUCAGCCGCAUCUCUGACCCUGCGGAGUUGCCGUGCCGAGUGCCUGAAAUUUGUUCGGGGACCUGCCGUCAAUCACCGCGGAGAGCGAUUGCUCCUGAUGUGGUGAACUUACGUAGUGGAAUUGACCGAUUCUGUUUUAGUACACACCGCUACAGCCGUUCUUCAUUAUCUCGCAUGAGUCUCAUUGUGUUUUCCAUCUAUCACUGGCCCUAAAUACUCAGUUCCCCUAAUUAGAUUAUUCACCCGGACGGUCAUGUCAUUAAUGUUGAUGAAAGUUCGUUGAGUCGGUAUAAGUAGCAUCUAACGUUGAUAAGAUGCCGUGUUUGGCAUGCCUAUGGACUGGUGGCCUUUGUAAGUUGACUGUUCUGAUUUUGCUGUUCCAUAGUCCCAGUCCUCCUUAGUGCCCUGUCCGAGUCUUUGUUUGGUCUCCCGGAAAUAAGAUAGUUGUAUGCCCUACAUUCCUAUCGCGGUUAUAAGAGGCAACGCAUGGCCCUGUGAAAAUUAGACUGACUAAAGUCACUCGUUUCUCCUACACGGAGGUGUUACAGGUGACGAUCGUGCUUCGAAAUGUGGGUGCCGGCUUUAUAAAAUCCACAACAGCCUAGACUAGGGUUUUAUUCUGACCAGUGGAAUUCUGGUAGAGUGCCUGCCCAUGGUUUGAGUCAGUAACAGCUCCCUUUCAAGGCGAGAGUGGAUGCUCUGCAUCGAAGUUAGUGUUGUAAAAGUGAUAUCAAGCUGUCGCUUCAUAGGUUGGGUUGUUACUAAACUACGAAUGUGAGGCCUACAGUCCCUCCAUGAUUGUUUUUGCCCCUGCUCCUUGCUUCAAAGGUAGCCUCGUGCCUUCUGAGAGCUCUGACAAUAACAGAUAUUAUUGCUACAAAUCCAGUUAGUCAGGGUGGUCAUAAAAAUCUGCCCCGCCUCACGCUGCAAGAGGGUUGAACUUCUACCUAUUAAUAUUCUUCGUGAACAAUGUAGGAAAGGGAUAAAUCUUGUCUGGCUUAAUCUGGCAGUUUGCGUGUUCGAAGAAGCCUAUGUAUUACAGACUGUAUACGAUCCUGUUCACACCCUUUCAUAGUAAUUUGUUUCUCUGGGAGUUGGUUUUGUUUGACGUGCUACCGACAAAGGGAUUGAGAGAUUAAAGCAAAUAAUUAUCAUUUAUUUUCCGUCAUCGAUCAACCAUAAUCCAGCCCAGGAAAACCCGUGCUCGUUGGGCAGUGGCCACUGAAUCAGAUGCCCUAUUGCUGGUCCAUGACCUUGAUGACUUUCCUGGGACGUAGACUGGAUAGGUCGCCUCUCAUCAGAUAUUUCGGGUCAAGACGUCCGACGUAACACCAAAACCGCUUAAUUGUUGCGAAUUUGGCGAAAUAGUGGACGCGAACACCCAGGAUAACGCCUUCUAAGCCCGAUCUAGGUAUUUACGCGGAGAUUCUAGUUGGUGAGCGUGUGCCUCCACGGAAAGGUCGCGCAGUCUCCUCAUACGAUAGUUGUCGAGCAGCAUAGUCUUUGUGUAAGAAGGUCCAGUUACAGUCGCAGGCUUCAACUGAUGAUAAAAAUCUGAUUUGUGGAUAGGCGAGAAGUUAUUUGUACUGCCCAUCUGUCGCUGGACGAGGUGGCCAUCAAGUCGAUACCCUGCCAAUGAACUCCUAUGGUCACGAGGGCGUCUUCUUGUUUAUUGUCUCGAUGAGAUACACGAUGCCAGUUUUUCCUCACCGCUUAGAAAAGAACGUAAAACGAGAUACGGGAGGCCACGACUGUACCUGUAAUUGGCGCUUGCGAUCCGUCGUCGAGGCUGGAUCAUUUGCAUUCAGCACACCAUAGGGAGGUUUUUAGUAAUCACCACUCACAUAUCCCCAGAUCUAAACACAAAUGGUGCAUUGGUAACCUAGAAAGGCGUAUCAGUCCGGAAAUUCAUGUCUACAGACGGUCGCGGUGCACAGCGCACAGACGUAUAACCUUGUGCAAAAACGUGAUGCCACAUAGUAGCUCACUUGGACAAACAUUUAGUUUAGUGACGAGUGUUCCAAGUACAGGCUAGGUGUGCCUCGCUUAUCCCCCUUAAGGGAAGUAAAGCGUACAAAUACGUCCACAGUUCCUUAAAAGCUAGGGUACUGGAUUACAGACCACCCGUAUCACACAUGACAUUGCGCUAAAUUCUAGGGGGUCCGGGUUAGAGUUGGGACACAUGAAUAGCCCCCCCCCCACCCCCCCCGGAAUUCAGCACAAGGCCACUUGUAGUACGUGAGAGCGGUCUGUAUUCCCGUGUUCGUCCCCUUAAAAUACUUCUGGGUGCUUUGUUCCCCUCCUAGAUGGCAAGCCAUUUUGUUUGGAUUAGAGUAAGAUAAUCUGUUCCUCUCAUUCACUAAAAGUCGUUAUUUAAGUUAAAAACAGCACACUGACAGUAGAGCACGUGGUGUUGCCUCAAAGUGUGGAAUUUAUUUCUGGUCGAGAGAGUACUGCCUCGUUCAUCCUCCGAGCGCAACGAUUAUAACAACAACACCUAUGUGAGUGUUUGUAGUGAGCUUUCAAUCCUUCAACUUGCUAAAAAGGCAUCGUGUCCGGGCUGAACGUUGGACUCGAAACAUGCUCAGUAGGAGUGAGGUCCGUAGCUCGGGAGAACCAAGGAAGGUUUGAGUCGGGCGUGCUGGUUGCCGCGCGGGGGUGCUGUGGUAGCCAUUUUGCUAUAUUCCUUUUUAUGCACAACUUUUAGUUACUCCAGUUGUUAGGCGUUUUUAUAAACACACCAUUGUUCAAUCUUGUUUAGGUUUCUGUUUAUUGACCAUUAAAUGACACACCCAUCGGGCGUCGGCGACAUCAAGGUCCUUUCCGGCGUUGCACUUUCAGUUGGCCGCUUUGGACUUGCUGUUAGCUUGAGGUUGGGCUAUGGGUCGUUGUGACUCGCCAGUGUCGCCCUGGAGAUUGAAUAUUGGUGUAUCCGUGGCCAUUAGUCAAACUGUUUUUGCAUUAUAUCCCUGUGCUAUUCUGCGCCAACAGUCUGUUUAGUAAUACAUAGAUCACCUCUUACCUGUGCAAUUUGUCCCGCAUACCCCUUUGGGUCGGUUAGCUCUGCAGUAGUUUGUUGAUCGGGAACCCGCACGCAGUCCUGAGCCACCUAAACUGUGAUCUUUUACGUGCUGCUGCACUCCGGUCUAGUCCUCUUUUUUGUGAUUGGAAUUAAGCAAGGCCAUCUAUUGCCCAGACCUGCCAAUCUGGUAAUAUCAAUUGUCAUUUCUCGCUGUUUGUGAUUGAUUACUGUGCAAUAACUAUGUUCCAUCUUUCAUUAAUUUGGAACUCUGCGCCAAUCUGUGCCCAAGUAAUCGUAAGUCCCAACGUAAGCUACAGUUCCUCUUGAAAUUUAGACAUUUACUGAGGCGCUAGUUCUGCCUUUGCCAUGUAAACGUCUGGACCAGUAGGCUCAUGGACGGGUAAGUGGACCCAUUUUACUCACCGACGCAGGUGUUGCAAACUCGGACAUUACUUUUGGUAACGGAUUUAGUUAUUGCCAAUAAUUUUUGUUCGGACAUCGAGUGAUGGACAUCGUCAAGCGAAAAUCGACAAGGCGGGACUCGAGUUCAGGCACUCCGACAAGCAGGAAAGACCUAUGCUCAUUAGGCCACGAAACCCCUAAUUUCGACAUGGCUGCUUGUCGGUCGUUUCAUUAGACCAUGGUCUUAACUCACACUCGGCCGUUGUGAAAUGGGCGAUUGGGACCCAAAGCGCCGAAGGGGACACUGCCUUUUCGGACUGACUGCUAAGUCAUUUCCUAAGCUAUCCCUCUGAAUGGCAAUGUAACUAAACGGCAUUUUACUAUAAAAUGGGGUGCAAGUCAUUCGAUUUUAGCCUUCUGUGUUUCUAAGUUCGUACAUGUACACCGUAUUAACUAGUCUACAACAGCCGAACAACUCGUUAGCCCAAUUGGCUGGUAGAUAAGCGUCAAUUUUACCAACUAAAAGGGUCAUUACAGCCAGUAGAGGGGGCCCACGCUAGACUUAAUAACGCUAUAUGACCAAAUAAAGCGGGUUCGGAUCAGGGGUCCUGCAAGUCCGGGAUUGGGUAGGGCCGACUGACGACGGUUAAUAAGCCGGUAAUGGCCAUUCCAGUCUUCCUUGUCUUUGUCUGUACUCCCCUCCUGCAUAUACUGCUGGUCAUUGUGGAACCGCCUGCGAAAGCGUAGGGUUGAACCCCUAGGCGCAACGGACAAGCAUGUCUCGUAACACGAUCGUGCAAGGCUGGCUGGCGACGGCCAAUAAGCCAGAAACUCGCACUCCCGUUCCCAUCUUCUGUAUUGACGCACUCUUCUCCAUUGCAGUCUCUCUGGCAGUUGUUGGUGAAAGGUCUUGAUUACUGAUUGGUCGUCGUCACGUUAAUGGCUGUUAGGUCCCUAGGAUGGAACCAAAGGAUAAAGCGGAAUGCCCGCUUUUCGUCCCUCAAUCUGUCCACAUAAUUGAUCGCCUCGCCCAGACGACUUGAAUAUUUCUGAUAGCAUACUAAACCAGUUGUUAACGAUAAAUUGAACUCGGGUUCAAGUGUUGGAUCUUUUGGGCCUGGGGCUGGGAAGUGGUCGCCUGACGAUUGCAGUGAAGUCAAAAACGCUCCAUCCGCACCAACACGGCCUCAAGGGGGGAUUUGAAACGUUUGGUUUCCACUAAAGGUCCGCCUACCUAAAAUCACUUAAAGUUAUUCGCCAACAUAAAUUGCAAGAUGCUUUUCGUCCUCUCUUACCUUAGCCCAAGUUAUCUGCUGCCUAGAUUUAAAUAGGCCCCAGUUCAGUGUCCUAGGCCUAGGUACAAUAUUUAAUGAGGCGACAUGGGAAGCAAUCACGACUGACAUCACAUCAAGUCUCACGCUACACACACCUGAAUGAUCAGGAGGUGGACCGCUCCCUUUCAAAUUGACUCCCGGAGUCGGUUAUUUUGCGCAAAUUAAGGAAUGCCGAAAGUGGACUGAAUUCCAGCCAACAGCUCGUCGACUUACCAUAGCCGCAUAAAAUCUCUGGUGAAUAAUGCAGUCCCUUUGUAUGUCGGAGGGAACAGUUUAUUCUGGCUUUUCAGUUACAGUCUAUUGUACGCAACGCAAAGCCAAUUCCCAAUAGAGUUGAACGCGUGUUGGCGGAGUUGUCACGAUUCCGAGUUUCACCAUUAAAUGAACAAAUUUUGGAUUCUAGAACAAAUCAAACUGUGGUUAAGGGCGAUUUCCUCUUGAACUUAGCUUUCACUAAGUGUGUGAUUAACUUUACCCAUAGAAAAGCACGACCGGAAUGUGCUACGCGAUUGCAUUUGAAGAAGUUCACCGUGGCCGCUCCUAAUUAAAAUGAUAAUGAAGGCCGAUUGGAAGCAUAAAAUGUCCCCAGUCGAUAAAAUGUUGCACAUAUGACUUACAUAACGAUUCAAGCGGACGGGGCGUUAUCAUGUCCUCGGGAAGCAAAAUAAACUAACUAGAGGUCUGGUGAAGCCAUUCUUCACCAGAAGUGUGACCAGUUGCCUUUGAUCCAGGAUGCGUGACCGAUCUCAUAAAAUAUUGGCCAAAAUUCUGGAAUGCGUUUCCGAUUACGAAGGAUUACUUAAGUGGGGUUGUUAUACUGAUUAUCUUGCAGCCUAACCCUAUAACAUUUCGGACUCGCCAGGAUAUCGGCUUUUGAAUGCACUUCUUUUUGACCUCUUGCAGAAACCACACUCGGUAAAAAAUGACUCCUUAAGUAGCAUGCAUUUUCCCCAUUGAUUUUCGAUGGUCCUAUAAAUUCAAAUAUAUUUUAUAGAGAACAUGCACCAAACUAUGCUUUCUUUUGUUCAUUUGGUAGGAAAUCACAUUGUUUUCAUAUUUUAUGCCCGAAGAAAGUGUGUAUUUAGGCUUUGAAAAGUUUUCCAGUUCCCGAAUAAUUUCCAGCCUGAUCUGCCAUCGCAUCAGCGUUUAGUAAUUUCAGUCUACAAGGUACAUGCUUUCCGCGUAAGGAAAAUCAUAUACCCCUCUAUGCCUUUGAGAAGAUACCACGUAGAGUUCAUGAAAUUUUGCAAUAGAUCCGGACUGUGUUGCACAUUUCAUGAGGAGCAUUAGUAAACGGACAUGUGCGGUCCUGCAUGCAUGGACAUCGCACGGUCUUAAAAUCUCAUAAUUAAUAACUUUUAAAAACCUAAAUACAAACUUUCUUCGGGCAUAAAAUAUGAAAACAAUGUGAUUUCCUACCAAAUGAACAAAAGAAAGCAUAGUUUGGUGCAUGUUCUCUAUAAAAUAUAUUUGAAUUUAUAGGACUAUCGAAAAUCAAUAGGAAAAAUGCAUGCUACUUAAGGAGUCAUUUUUUACCGAGUGUGGUUUCUGCAAGAGGUCAAAAAGACGUGCAUUCAAAAGCCGACAUCUCGACGAAUCCAAAAGGUUAUAGGGUUAGGCUGCAAGAUAAUCAGUAUAACAACCCCACUUAAGUAAUCCUUCGUAAUCGGAAACGCAUUCCAGAAUUUUGGCCAACAUUUCAUGAGAUCGGUCACGCACUGUAAGUUGGUCGCGGCAGGAAUGACUUACGGGGUGAUUUAAGUUGUAAACAGUAGAAAUGGUGAUCCACACAUCCAUAAUUGUAAUGCUAAGUUCGGAAAAUAUAGACGGGUGCUGGAGGAAAAAUGGGAUUGUCCCCGAGCCCGAUAAGUCCUCCCGCACGCCACCUAGGAUGAUAGGGUUCAUCUCCACAUGCCACAGUUGGUCCGAGCAUAAGCUCGAGCUAUCACCGGACGGUUGAACACGCCUGGUACCCCCUUAGCCCGACGGGGAUGGUUAUUUCGCGAGGAAAUAAAGAAGCUUCGAAGCCAGAUGUUUGCUCGUAAAUUGUUGACUGGUCAGUGACGACCUUGGUCAGGUGAAAUAACUGGGCGGAGUCCGAUUCGCGUGUUAGAGGUUGGGAGUUACAGUGAGUGACCGAUCCCAUGAAAUGUUGGCUGAAAUUCUGAAAUGCGUUUUCGAUUAGGAAGGAUUACUUGAGCGCGAUUGUAAUAAUGAUUAUCUUGCGGCAUAAUCCUAUAAUAUUUCGGACUCAGCAGGAUGUCAGCUUUUGAAUACAGUGCGUUUCAAUCUCUUGUAGAAAUAGCUUAGGUAGCAUGCAUUUUCCCACUGAUUUUUGGUGUUUCUGCAAAUUAAAAUAUAUUUUAAAGAAACCACGCCUAAAAAUAUGCUUUCUUCCAGUCGUUUGAUAGAGAAUAUCAUCAUCUUUACAUUUUGUACUCGAAGAGGGACUGCAAUUAGGUUUUAAAAGAGUUUUCUGAUUGCCGAAUUAUUUGGAGUCUGAUCAUUCAUUGCAUUAGCACUUAGUGAUUUCAGUUUACAAGGUGCAUGCGUUCCGCGUAAAGAAAAUCACAUAUUUUUCUAUCACACGGAGUCCAUAAAAUUUUGCAAUGGAUGCGGACUAUGUUGUUCACGUCAUGAGGAGCCGUGGUAAACGGACAGGUACGAUGCUAUGUGAAUAGACAUUGCGCGGCUUUAAAGAAUCUGGAAAUUAGAAGCUUUUUUAAAAGCUAGAAUGAGAGAUGCGAUCGACGUCCUCGGUGGUGCGUGACGAACAGCAGGCCAGUGGGGAGCGAAGAUAGCGUGUUGUUUUGACCGAGCUGUAGAGAUGGGAUCGACGAGUGAGAUGCAAUCAACAAAAAUGCCGUCACAAGCUGGCGAUACUGAUUCAGUUCUUGCUGAUAUCCUAGUCAAGGCUUAGUUUGCUGUAGUUCUGAAUGUUGAGCAGACACAGGAGCACCAGACUGGGACAGGGCUUUUGAUACAGAUACAUAGUCCGUGGUAAUUUAACGUUCGAUGUUUUCUAAAGUACAUCUGGGGCCAGUGCAUGAACGUCUGUCGGAGUGGCGGAGAACUUGGAGUUUCAGCGACAGCCGGGCAAAGCUACCACACGAAAGUGGAUUCCUGCGGUGAGUUAACAUUGUCAGCCAACCCUCAACCUAGGCGGUCAAAAUAGUGUUUGCGGACUCGUUUUGCGCCCAUGGUCCUGAAGCCCACCCAUUGUAAACCCUCAACCGAAUGCUUCUGAAAGUAGUCGCAAAUAAACGUCGAAGCCGUAUUCCCCAUGUGUUUUUAUGCGGACCAUGCAUACGAGCGUGCCAAUAUUUGCUUGCACUCUGCGUCCACCGCAAAACGAGGAAACUACCUUUUUGACAGGCUUCACUCAAGUCUGAGAAGCCUUUAUAGGUUAGUAUCGCCUGAAUACCACUAAUGCAGUUGCACGGCCUCCAAGACAGAACUCUAAGGAUUGUCGCUUUUUAAUUUCCUCAGAAAUUAUCUACGAAGCCCAUGGGCUUUUGGCUAGUACCUGUGCAGUUAGUAUGGUAUCACCUUACCCAAGAGUAUACUACUAGCUGCCUGUCGGCAGUUAAUGAAUAUUACGCGGUUACCCGCUGUGGCUGAUGGACUUUGGCCCAAAUAUUCAUACAUAAAAUUCUCGGUUUGUGCCUUGAAUAAACUGAUCUACUCCAACUUCCUAGAUAAAUUCUGAGGAAAUUAAAAAGCGACAAUUUCUUAAUUGGAGUAUCUACCAGAAAACACACGGGGAAUGCUGGGGGACCCUCUGACGAGCCGAAACCCCUCGCAGCUGCGCCAUGCAGCGGCAAAACAUCGGCGAAACACGCGUGUAUGGGCUUUUGACUAGUACCUGUGCUGUUAAUAUGGUGUCACCUUACCCUAAAGAACUCUAAAGAGUGUUAUUAGCAAGGAAGUGUCUUCAGAACUGUUUCUCAGGGGUUCUGCGCCGGAACGCCCCUGGUGCCCUCCUGUGCAAGGGGGAGGUAACUGGCGGAUGCACUGAGCAUUCGCAAUGCGCGAUCCCGUAGAAAUUCUUCCAGACAAUAUGUCACCUGGUUUCAGAUCUUCGUUGCGUUUGAAAUGAUUUAUUCAUAUUUGACCCAACUCAGUGGGAUUCGAACCCACGCUUCAGUACAGCCAACUCUCUAACGAGGCCCCGCCGGACGACGCGAGUUUAAUCACAUUUGGGUCAAGUUUACCCGCCCAACCUACUGCAACGUCUGGAAUCCACCAAAUCUGAUACAGUAAGUUGACUGCCCAAGCAGGAUUUCCUAAGUACUUCACCUAGAAUCCACCAGAUAACUACCAGGCUCACGUAAUUUACUCGCGUCGUCCGGCUGGGCCUCGUAGCUCAAGUGGUUAGAGCGUUGGCUGUACUGAAGCCUUUCCCUUACUGCAUGGGUUCGAAUCCCACCGAGGCGCCGAGUUUUUCACAGUUGGGUCCGUAUGAAUUAUUCAAAAUCUGCCAAAAUGUCUAUGAAAUGAUUUAGUCAAGCAGUAGAGACGUCUCAAAUUUCUCACACAACGAUCCUAGAGACAAAAACUGGAAACGAACAGUGUUCCUGCGGGAAUAAGUACCCUCCGCACCAAAGGUGACCUUGCGCUAGGUUCCAGAGGUGGGUUGGAUUUGGACUUAGUAGUAGGGUCAAGGUCAAGGCUACGAUUAGGAGGGUUAGCGAUAGGGCUAGGACACGAACACUGCCUCAGACAGUCCGACACGCAUAACUACUUUAAAGGACAAGACCGCGCUUAGUAACUGGAACCUUAUGCGACACUGAGCAUUGAUUUGUUACCCGAUUUUAGUUUCUCUAAGGUCUGGCAAGCAGUUGGCAGUCCGAGUCCAGCAAGUUGGUAUAGAAAAAUCUCGGAACACGGGGGAUUUCUGAAAGUCAAUAAGCACAUUCGUCCUUCAUUCUGACAACCGUAUGGGGAAUUCGAAUGAGAGGUUUGUUGGAUUUUGCUGUCGUUAGACGGUCCUUCCCAACGUUGGAACCUUGGAGACCUGCGAUGCGAGUCCUAGUCCAGUUGGUCAUUUAGGCGAACACUUUACUAGUUGAGCUAAGGGAUCACGCUCUGUAAUGCCCGACUGGUGCCCAUCCUGUUUUAGUGCCCACGAUGAACGUCGUCGGUAACGAUGUUUAAACUGUCAUCCAGUCUGCAAUGUGUUGGGGUAUAGUUCUUGGACGAUCCAUGUGAGUUAAGCCUGAGGAUUUUAUUCUAGGUUCAUAUAUUAAUUUCUGACGACACUUAACUCCAACGUGGGUAAACUAGAGUCUGUGCCUGAAAUCACAUGCGUCACCGUGCAGGGCCCAUUAAUGAAUCUAACCACCCCCCACCCCUAUUCAGCUCUGCUGUGUGGCCACAGGCGAAAUAAUUGUUGCGUCGGCGAGGGUCAUAAGCAAACCCUAGCCACCACAACCCCCAGGCCCGGUCCCGAAUAGAACAAGAAGUUGCACCUCAGUAGAGAGAGAGCACUGUAUCCUAUACAGAAUGAACGGAGAAUACGUUGGAGCAAGGUGGUAGCCAGGUAAGGUCACAAGUCCGGGGUCGACAGAGCAGGCGUCUGAGUGUCACCGGGGCAGGCGUCAGAGCCCCUUGAGCAGGGCAUAUCUGCAUCGAACUUGCAGUUGGUCAGGGUAUUUCGAUAGCUAUAAAUGGUUGAGGACAUGAUUACCACUGACACACGCGCGCGAGAGAAGCGGUGUUGCGGUAAGCGCCAGGAAUAGCAUCACUGCAUACUUGCCUAGGCCUUUAGCAAAUGCCAAUUGUGAUAGUACGUUUAAACUACUCACUGCCCGAAACAAAAGUUUCGACAUCCGAAAAAAUAAGAUACAGAUGGAAUACCAACAACGGAAAACACUACUGGAAUGACCUUUCCCGGCCUGUUAACUGUAACUUGGAGUUCGAACCCGAGCUCUCUGGUCAUUGAGCGUAAAGCUAAAGGAUCUACUAGUAUGCUACAGGGGCCCUCUGCCUGCGGUCUGUGUUGUGGACAUUUGCCGAUUUGGACGCAGCAGAGAGUGUUCUCGCCUGAAUUACAAUCCACAAGCCGAGUAGUUAGUUUCAGAUUCGAUCCCAAGAUUAUCCAAACUUCUGGUCGACUGGUAACGGUCAAUAAGCCAGUAAUGGCCGUCCCUAUUUCUUUUUUUUAUAGACGUCCCUUUUGCAAUACUUUUCCCUAUAAGAUUGCUCACGAGAGCUCUGGAUCUGUCCAAGAGGGACAAACAUGCGACCGGAUCAUCAACGUAUAACUGCCUGGUUUUUCCAGCAGAGGUUCAAGUUCAUCACCAGAGAACGACGAAACCGCUAAAAAUUAUUUAUUUACUCCGAAGCUGUCGUCUCCGCACCCGCCUUCGCAGCAUCUGGUUAGGCAGUUCUCGAUAUAUAAACGUGAAAAAUGUAUCUGAACUCGUCAAAAGACAGCUGAAAAAGCAUUAGAUACAAGUAGCACACCAACCUACAACCACCUUGCGCACACAGCUUGUACACUCUAAGGACAGGGUGGGCUAUCUUAAUAGAAAACGUGUUGUCUACAAGAUCUCAUGUACCAGUUGUAAUGCUGUCUAUUGUGUCCAAACUGGGAAGUCUGCCUCUACCCGCAUACAUGAGCAUCAGAUAGCGGUGAGGAGACGAGAUCAUCUAUCCCAGGUGGUCAUGCACACACUGGACACAAAUUUACAUGGGAGAACACCCGCAUUGUUGCCGCCUGCCCAAUAAGAAAAGGCCGCGAAUUCCUGGAGGCAAUGCACUCAGAUGAGGCAUGCAUCAAUCGGCAUAUCGGUUUAGAUCCCACUUACAAAUUUCUCAAGGACAAAUGGAAGCGAUCGCAGCCAAUACCGAGGGGAUGACGAAAAUAAAUGACGCGCACUGACGCAGGCUUCGGCCAAACAUAGAUUCACUUGUUCGACACAGUUCAAUAGUUAACUGUUUUUGUACAUAACCCAAAAGUCUGACGACGAGCUGGGGAACCAGACUCGAAAAUGUACGCAUUAAAGUUUAUUCUCUUCCCAAAGAAUCUUACUUAUUUUAAAUUAAAUUUCAUGGGAUGCCCGUUUUCCAGCGCAAACGGCUAUUAUAUAUGAUGACUAAUUGCGUCAUAAUCAGACUAAAGGGGUUCCUGUAGUUCACUGGCCGUUACACAACGGCUUUGCCCUUAGUUUGCGUGCAGGUGAAGUCAAAUGGCUAUAGAGUCCUUCAUGUGACAAAUUACUUGUCCAAAUUGGUCAUCACGCCUCUCUACACCCUUGUGCUCAUGUAUCUGUGUUGACAGUUAACUGGCUCUGUGUCUAGUAUAGUUGGCGGAGAAGUCGACACACGAUACGGCAGACAACAGCCGACUGGUCGCCUCUGUACCAUUGAUUUAUAACCGACUUGUUUUGGCUGUUUGCGUUGUCGGGUUAGCGGGAAUGUUUAUACGCAGAGCAGACAGAAUGCGCUCUGUAGCCUCCGACGCGUCCUUGAAGAAAAGUAAGGCAAACCAGUAACUCGACACAGGCUUCUACUUUGUCCUGUCUAGGUUAUGCGCGGGCGUCGGCGCAUGAGACUUGGGGACUAACCGUUCUUCGUGGAGUGCGUAUUGGUAAAACGAAACGCCUUGGAUUUUGCUUGUGACCUAAUAGAGUGUAUUUCGGAUCUUGUGAAUGAAGUCGUCAGACAGGUUCGCCCGCAUGCCAUUGGGUGGUUUCUGCUGUAAUUCCUAAUUAAUGUAGUAUUGGAAAAUUGUCGGAACGUGUGGAUAUUGCAUCCUCUGAUAUUGCUCUUGAUCACGAGUUUGAAACGCCAUUAAAAUGCACAAACAUCCCCGAGGAUCAGGUCGUUCCCCUUUCGAAAAGUACUACUGACAAGGACAAGAGAGACUGAGAUUAGUUUUCUGGAUUAUCUUUCGUCAGCAGAGAACUUUACUAAACACCCAAGCUGGGAAAUUUCGAGGCCUGAUCGAAACAGUCUGCAAUCAGGACAGAUGGAAAAACACCACUUUCGUAGGACUUUCAGCAAGCCCACUUGCUACCGACAGUGCUUGAGACCAUGGUUAAAUAUAAAAGUGUUGGGCAUAUUGCUUGAGGAAAAAAACAGCCAGUUCAGGGCUCUGCGUCCGGCCAGCCUGGGGCUGCAGCAUAGCUGGCCGAUGAUGGGGUAUGAUCCAGAAACGGCCAGCGAAUUCUACCCUUUCUUUGCCGCGUACGCUUCUCGCUCGCUGGUUGCUCGUCGUAGUGCGACUGCCUGCAAGGUCCCAUGACAAGAAGUCGGGAAAAAAAACAAAAUAUAUAUUCCGUCCUACAGUCCAGUUGGCCUCGUAAGAAGCACUCCAAAUGACUCUUCUGGUGAUGAUUGCAAAUCGGUCCCAAUUCUACGAAUUGUUCCUUGCAUUCCGCAAGAAUUUUAGCAGUCCGACAGAAGACAUUUCCAACUGCCUAACAGUUGACCUGGGUAUUCGACAAUCAAUCGAUUUUCUAGACAGCGUCCCCUGUUAGGAUGUUCAGAGCUGUCCGAUUCACGCCCUGUGUUAGGCAGCAACUAUUGUCGGAUGAGUGAUCUCCGAUUCGCGAAGGUCCAUUUGUAAGUGCGUCCGCGGUAUUUACGAUAGGCGGACAAGUCCCCUUCUUGUGGGAACCUUGCACAUCGUACCCGGUCGUGUUUGACACGCGUAGAUUGAACAUUGAGAUCUGUCAACAACAUUUGCCCAGUCUCUGCAUCAAAUGGCUGACCGGCUCGGACAGCGAACGGACACAUGGAGGGGGGAGGAGAAAGAGUGAGGCCGACUCUAUGAACUCCGCCUCCAGGGCACUUCAGUGCGUCUGUGGCGGUCAAGGAUGUGAGAUCAACUUAACCCACGCGCAAUAAGUUCGUUUCGUCUUAUGUCAGAAGUCAGGGAGCUGUGAGGAGUAGUUUAUUCUGUACACAGGACAGGUUGCCGUAAGUUGGCUGUUUGUUUGCGACAGAGAUAAGCGUCCGUUCACGGAGAGCGUCAGUCGCGGUGUGUUGUUUACACGGAAGUGAAUGUCUGUGUCAGUAGGUGGGGGUGACUGGCUGAGUGCUGGUCAUGAGAUUGGACGUAUUAGGGGGACGCAUAAUCACAGGGGCUCACCGGUAUCAAGCCAGGUCGUUCGACGAGCGUGAGGUGAUAAUAUUUUGUGAGGGCAGCCGGGAGUCAUUGCAGCUGGACAGGAGGGGCCCCAGUUCUAGCCGGUGGGGGUGGUCGUGUGUCGACGGCCUGUCAACGAUGGUCGCGACCAUCGACCGACAAAACGGGACCGGAGGAAAGGGGGACUGGAGCAGCUGCCACACGUCCUUCACUAUAGCCAAACUGAUGAGCUUUGAAACUAUCAUGACACACUAAAAGCAGUGGCUUGGGUGGCCGUCAACUGACGAAAAACCUCAGUUUUCUCAGGACGAAGAGUCAUACUCCAAUGGGUCCUUCUUCAUUUGGCCUGUAUGGCUUUCCCAAUCGGAUGAAUUCCGAGCAGAGCACUUCCUACUUCUGUAGAAACCUGAUUCACCGCGCGCGUAUGGAUAGGCCGUUUAGAUUUGUCAACUGCUGCACGCGAUCCCGUCUCCGGUCGUCCAGACUUUCUUGCCAUCGGAUCCAGGUGGAGGGGGGAGGGGAGUAUUAUGGAUGUUGCGAAAGCCUGCUACCCUUAAUUCACACGCAGAUCACCGUUCUGCGUCCGUAAUGCUAGAGGACACACGAUGGAUAUUGCCGUUCGCGACGGUCGAACUGACAAGUGGGCAAAUGCUUGAUCAGUCAGUACAUCCAUGCAGACCUCCAGUUGUCUAGUUGUUCAAGCACAAUGAAUAUAGGAGAAGGCGACGUCGGUUUUACGCGAAUCUCCUUCAGUAUAGUUCCACCUAGCAGGAGGUCACCGCAAACUACACCAGCUCUGCAAACGCUAAGGCUAUGGGUGUUACCGCACAAUGCUGUUUGGUUGUAACUGUACACCGCCAGAUACCCGGAGGUUUUUAGCAUGAUUCGAGCCCUGUUGUGAUACGUUUAGAAGAGUUAAUGAGAGCGGGUUGGUCUCCUCAUGUUGUCUGGCCGCAUUCGCACGCAUAACAAUCACUGGUUUUCUCAUAAACGAAAGGAGUGCGCUAGUGAAAGGAUAGUGCAAUGAACCUAUGUACGUCAUCUGCGACUCUUUCUAGGUCCAUGUUGAAUGUGCACAUCAACGGCGUCGUUAGAUUCUGUACGGCUCCCAUACCCCCUCCGACCGAUAGGUUUGGUGAAAUUUGGCCAUGAGGCCCUCAUGAUGUAGCACAUUCUGACCAAUGUCCACCGAAACCAAUCGACUCCAAGGCGGGCGUGGACAUGGCUCCGACUCGCUUAAGCACUAGACCUCUGAAAACCUCACCGACGACUUUGCUUGUGGAGAGCACUUAAGUAAGAUAAAUUUAAAUAAUAGAUUGUAUUAUCUAGCACCUAUGCGGGCACUAUACUGGACAGCUUCUACCUAA